CAAAAUUGAUCCGAUUGAAUUCUUUCUUCGCGUUCGACACGGCAAGCAAAGGGCAGAACCCCCCAUUCCGGCUUCCUCUGCAAUCUCUCCCAAAAUUAAGAGAUGAAAUGGCGAAGAUUCGUAUCGUUACCUAUACUAGCAGUUUUGAUAUUAAUGGAAAUGGUCUACUACGGCACCGUUUUCAUAUUUCUUGAUGACUGGAUAGGGUUACAGAGCUCAGCAGGGUGGCUUAAUGCUGUGAUCUUUACUUCGUUGGCAUCGCUCACUCUUUUCUCAUUUUUGGUGUGUGUUCUCACUGAUCCUGGUGGUGUCCCAUCUGGGUAUUUCCCUGAUAUUGAAAACAAUGAUGGCUCCGAUCAAGAAUCAAGGAAAGCUGAAGCACUUCAAAAACGAUGUGACAAGUGUUCUGCAUACAAGCCUCCAAGAGCACACCAUUGUCGUGUUUGCAGAAGGUGUGUCUUGAAAAUGGAUCAUCAUUGCACGUGGAUAAACAAUUGCGUUGGUCAAAGGAACUACAAAGCCUUUUUUCUUCUUGUGGUCUAUGCCACUAUUUCAAGUUUUCAUUCUUUGGUUUUAAUAAUCGGGUGUGGAAUUCAAAAGGAUUGGGAGUUUGCUAGGACGACUCGCCUCAAAACCUUUUACAUUACAUCCGGGGCAAUGAUUUCUCUCUUGAGUUUGACGCUUGGAACUCUCUUGGGCUGGCAUAUCUACCUGUUGACACACAAUAUGACAACAAUAGAGUAUUAUGAAGGGACUAGGGCUGCAUGGUUGGCAAGGAAGUCUGGGCAGAUUUAUAAGCAUACUUACGAUGUUGGUGUAUACAGAAAUGUCACUAUGAUUUUAGGGCCAAGCAUGUUGAAAUGGCUGUGUCCAACUGCAUUGAGCCAUGUCAAAGAUGGAACAAGCUUUCCUACCGUUCGGGAUACCUUAUAACGUCCCUUUUUCACGUCGUAAUGCUCAAGAUUCGGUAUUUCUCUAAAUGCUAGCCCGUGCGUGAUGAGUACUAGCUUAUUGGCAAUCAUCGAGGUAAAUUUAAAAUAUUCAAUAGAAAAAGUAGUGAGAUCAAUGGCAGUGGUGGUGUUUUUGUACAAAUGAACUUGUUUGGAUAAAAUACAUGUUUAAUUUGUUAUUGUAAAAGCACAAUCUUUGAAACUUUUGAGAUAUAUGUUACAUUGUAAUC